CAAAUUUAAUGUCGAUCUCAUUUUUUUUCCCUCAAAAUAUACAGAUCUCCUAAUUAAAGUAAUUAAUUAAAUAUCUAUAUAUUGUCAUUAGAAGUUUUAUUUGCUAUACAUUUUUAUUCAAUUGGACAUAAAAGUAUUGUGUUCAGAAAUAUAAAUUAAUUAAUUUGAAAAGAAUCUUAAAAGCUGGAUUAUAAAUUCUCACCUUUUUUAUAUCUCAACUAGUUUCACUUAUUCCAGCCAUAAUAUUUGGUCUUGCAUUUCCUACUGUCUUUUUUUUUUUUUGAAAAUAAGCGAGACUUUUUAUUCCUAUAUAUGGAAAUGUUAGACACAUUGUGUUUGUCCAAUAUAGGCCUUCAUUCUCUUUCUCUAUCUUAAGAACAGAAAGCAGAGACGUAUUCACAUAAUGGAGGAUCCUUCCCUCAACCAAGAUGAGCAAAGUCAUACACAUAGUGAAUUAGAGGGAAAACGCUACAAUGGACCAAGCCAUGAUGGUAAACAAAAUUAUCAUGAUCAACGCCAACAACAGCAGCCACCAUUCACCACAGAAAACCGUUUGCAUGACCAACUCCCCCCUCCGCCAUCGGAACCUCAACGUCAAUGCUCUUCGGCGCAAACACCAGCACAGGAACAACAACCAAUUCAAUACCAUUUUCAAGCUAACCAAACUCAACCUGCCGGUCCCUCUCAAUUCCCGCAACACAACCCACAACCCAAUUUCAAGUUCCAAAAUGUGCCAAAUCAGCCUGGGAGGACUUUCCCACCUCAAAGCCCACAACCUCAGUAUAAUCAGGUCUCUCAACCCCAAUAUCAGCAUCAGAUGCCCCCAUACCCAUAUCAGCAGCAAAUGCAUCAAUAUCAGCAGCAACCCAACCCAAUAUACCAAAAUGGGGCCCAUCAGCCUCAAGCCUACCCACAACACCCACCACCAUCCCAAAAUAAUAUGGGCCAAGGCCCACCAACAGUGACCUCUCAACAGCCACAACCAGCUAGCCAAACUGCUCCGUCGCCGCUGAACUUCCACCAAGUGAACGGGGGAGGAGCAGCAGGUUUUGGUGGUGGGAUACAGGAAAAUUACCCAAAUGGAGCGGUUGCUCAACAAAAUGGGGCAGGGAAAGGGUUCCCAAUGCAUAAUCAAUUCCAAACUCCACAGCCUUCGUAUGGACAACAGGGGGGUUGGAGUACUGGCUUGUUUGACUGCAUGGAUGACCCAAUGAACGCUGCCGUAACUGCUAUUUUUCCAUGUAUAACAUUUGGCCAAGUCGCGGAGAUCAUAGACAAUGGUGCCACUUCUUGUUCAACUAGUGGAGUGAUGUAUGGAUUGGUGGCAUUUUUUAUCGGAAUACCAUGCAUAAUGUCGUGCACCUAUCGUACAAAGCUGAGGAACAAGUUUGGGUUGCUGGAGACACCUGCACCUGAUUGGGUUACCCAUUUUCUUUGUGAUUGUUGUGCUAUAUGCCAAGAAUAUAGGGAGCUUCAAAUCAGAGGCUUUGACCCUUCAAUUGGAUGGCAAGGCAAUCUUGCAAAAAUGCAAGGAAACCAACAACCACAACAUAUGAUGCCACCAAUGAAUCAACAAAUGAUGUCUUAAUAAAUUUAUCAUUUUUAAAAUAAUUAUUAUGUAAUUGUAUUUUUCAUGCUUGCGAGUUUCCAUUCCAAUGUAAAGACAUUAUUUGUUUUUUUAUUAUUAUUUUUUAAGAAUAUAUUGUUUAAGAUCCUUUUAGUUAUUAGAGAUUUUUUCCCUUUUCAAGUGCAA